AUGGGAUGCUCUUUCUCUUUGCUGCGGCCUUCUCGACUACUUCCUUUUCUGUGAUUACCCCUUUUGCCUCAUGUCUGCAUUUGAUAAACUGUGAUACCCAUUCAAUCAUGGCAUGUCUCCAUGUCUGAUUCUAUUUAAUUAUUCUUCGCCUCUGCAUUCUUGGAACUCAGAUAACUGAGCUUAUAUGGUCAAAUGUCUAUAGACAUGGGAUUUUCGCCGACCAAGAGAACUUAAUUCAUGCUCUUCGUGGUUUCCCAACGAUCUCACACAGGAUCAAUGUCUAGCAGGGCGGUUGCGACCGGAACCUACCCUGCUGGUAGUCUAUUCGAGUGUAUCUACGUGUAGCUGGCUCUUCCGUUCGUUCGCUACCUAUCCACGCUACCUAUUCGUUCUUCUAAUGAAUCCAUAACCCUAUCAAGGGUCAUUAUUCUUAACUCGCCAUCAUGGUACUUAAUCCGACUCUUGGAACUGGCUUAUUUAUCGGCUCAGGCCAGGCUUUGGCCGCCGGUGGUCCUGCCUCGUUGCUGCUCUCUUUUUCUUUCAUAUCCGUAUUGGUCUAUUGCUUAACGACAGCUGUUGCGGAGAUUUCAGCGCAUAUGCCUGAGAAGGGUGGAACACUGGUGACUCAUGCCUAUCGAUACUCUUCGAACCAUAUGGCGUUCUCAAUGGGCUACCUUCGGUGGUAUUCCCUAGCAAUGCUGGUACCUUUCGAGAUCACCAACGCUAUUGUCCACGUCGGGAUGUGGAUUCCCGGACCUGCCGUUGCGAUUCGAGUCAGUAUAAUCACAGCAAUUAUCUUCCUCUUCAACCUUCUUCCUGAAAGAGCAUUCAAGCGAUCGGAAGCCUUUUUUUCUGGCCUGAAAUAUGUCACGACUGGUGGAUUGGCAAUUGUCUCAGUCGCUCUAGCCAUUCGCGGGGUCCCUGGAACCGGAAUACGAGGGUUUUCAUAUUGGAAUAAUCCCGGUGCCAUGAACGAGUACCUGAUCAGCGGCCCUGCAGGACGCUUCUUGGGCUUAUUACAGUGCCUACUCUACAGCGCCGUUUCCUUUAUCUUCCAGCCCGAGUUGACGGUCCAUAGAGCUGAAGAGGUCGACUCAAAAGUUCGCCCAAGCAUCUUCAGCGUGGCACGAAUCGAUAAUAUCCAACUCGUCUUCAUGUACAUCAUUAGUGCCGUGUCCGUCGGCUUGAUGAGUCCUUUCACCGAGCCAUCCCUGACGAAUAGCGGCCUUGGUGCUGGUUUCUCACCAUACAUGAUCGGUAUAAGGAACUCCCAGCUCCCAGUCCUACCCAUCGUCGCGACUAUAACGAUACUGCUCUCAUCCGUGGCCUCGGGUCGCUCUUUUCUCUAUCUCUCUUCGCGAACUCUGUGUACACUGUCGGAGUCGGGGCAUGCCCCUGCCUUGUUUCAAGCCCGCACAAGAUGGGGAGUGCCGUACGUGGCCGUCAUCACAUCGGCGCUGUUCUCCGGAUUUGCGUAUCUAUCUCUGGCUACAUCAAGCUCAGUCGUUUUCAAUUGGCUGAUGCACUUUAUCACAACCUCUGGGUACAUUUCAUGGCUGGGCGCCUGCGUUUCGUAUCUUCAGUUCCGUCGGGCGACCGAAACACAAGGCUUUGCUCCUGUCUAUCGGGCCCGAAUUCAGCCAUAUGGGGCAUACUUUGGUAUCGCGAGCUGUACUUUGUUGCCUCUGAUCAAUGGAAUCAUUGUCGCAGCACCCUCCCAGUUAACCGCGAGCAAGUUGAUUCCAGCAUAUCUCGGGAUUCCUACGUAUCUGCUCUUGUACUUUGGACACCAAGCGAGGGAUGCUAUUACUCGACGCAACGUGAAAACCAAGGAGGUCAGUAUCGAACAGGGUGGGAAUGUAGUGGAGGAGCCAUCUCGACAGGACGAGGGCAAAUUUGAAAUCGAACUUCCGACCUUUUUCCCUCUGGACUUGGAUCUCCCGAAUCUUGGUCUCCCAGACUUUGACGCUGAACCUCGACGACCUGGCUCGACAAGAAAAGGCAGGACGUGAGAUGUAUUUCCUGAUGAGAGUGGUGAUUGUUUCUCUUGGGGUGAGAGUUGAUCCGAUGCGACGAUAGACCAUGCUGUAUUCAUCCGUUCAUCUGGGUUGAUAAUUCACAAAACACAAAGCGUACUGCAUCACCUGGUACCCAAUGCCAGCUGGC